UAGCCAAAAAGAUGAAAAUCAUAUAACAGUAACACCCCUCCACAAAUAUUAAAAUCAGAUCUCACUCUUCCCUAUAAUUUUUUUUAAGUAAAAGUAAAUAUAUAAUAUGAUAAUAUAUUCUUAUAUUGAUGUGGUUUCUGCCUCUAAAUCCACCACAAGAGCUCAAUGAAUGAGAUUUGGUGAGCUACUUUUUCAUUCCAAUAUAUCUAUUUUUUUUCCUAAUAAAUUCUUUAUCUUUAUUAUCUACUCCUCAUUGAUAAAUAGAAAAAAAAAAUCAAACAUGAGUCUUAGUUUUUCUCUGACCAUUGUCUUGGAACCUCAUCAACAAUUGUUUAGCAUAUUAAAAAGGGGUUAAAGGAUUUGAAGAAACUAAGUGUUUGAAGUAAUUAGUUUGUUUUAUGGAUUGGGAUUGGAAAGAGUUUGCUUGGGAUCCAUCUGGGUUAGAAGAGUUGAAAAAUGAAGGAGAUUCUGUUGAUUUGAGGCUUGGUGAAGCUUCUGAUUCAAUGGAAAAAUCUGUUCAAGAAACAGGAAUGGAAGAUUCGAAAGCUGUGUCGUCUUUUUCGGGAUCAUUGAAACGGUCGCGUUCGCAAAAUGGAUCGCAGAAUAUGAUUUGCUCGGUUGAUGGAUGUGAUGCUGAUCUUAGUGAUUGUAGAGAGUAUCAUAAGCGUCAUAGGGUAUGCGAAAAGCAUUCGAAGACACCAGUUGUUUUGGUUGGAGGUAAGCAGCAGAGGUUCUGCCAACAAUGCAGCAGGUUUCAUUCACUUGCGGAGUUUGAUGAUGUUAAGAGGAGUUGCAGGAAGCGUCUUGAUGGACAUAAUAAGCGAAGGAGGAAACCUCAGCCACCUUCUCUUUUCAUGGCUGCUGAGAAAUUCAUGUACAAUUACAAAGGACCUAGAAUCCUGCACUUUGGUAGCCCUCAGGCAUAUGUGAAUGUGAAUCCUAUUGUUAGAAAUAUUUGGCCUGCCACUUCCAUAACUGAAGCUGAAUCCGGUUACGAUCAUCACCGAUUUUUGUAUCGAAUCGACAAACAUAAACAGGAUAAAGGACAUCCUCAUUGGCAAGAAAUUCUCCCUAAAUCCGGCGAUGUUAACAAAGCUGUGCCCGGAAUUCCUAUCAACCAACCUAUUCGGAGUGCUGUUGAUUCAUCAGCAGGUGGAAAAGGCGGUAGGAAACUCUCUUCUGAUAGCAAGCCCGGAUCUUUUGACUCGGGUUGUGCUCUCUAUCUUCUGUCAACACUUCAAACACAAAGUUCAGAGUUGAGUUUGAUGCAGUCAAGCAUCAACAACAGUCCAACAGAAUCUUCGUCUGGAACGGUGCAUUUCGAUGCGAUGAAUGAGUACUCAUGCUCGGGAAAGGCGAAAGAUAAGCCUAAUAAUGGUUCAGUUUUUGUUCUAGAUGGAAACACAACAAACCUUCAUUGCAAUGGGAUGCUGCAAAUGGGGCCUAGUAGUUUGGUUGAAAAUGAAAACUCGCUGACACUUCCAUUUUUCUGGGAGUAACAUGUAGCUGACCUGAGUGGCGUUAAGGUCUCGUGGUGCUCUUGGUCAUUUGUCCGUUGUUGCGCUCAAUGCUCCCCCUGACUCUCCAACACUAAGUUGUUGAGUUGUUUGGUCUUCGUUGGGAAAUUUAUGGAAUUGUUGGUCUUUAAGACAUUGUGUGUACUCUUAAUAAUUAAACUUAGACUUGUUGAGGUUUUUGGUAAGUGUACCUUAUUAUUCAAAUGUUGUAGCGCCAUUGAUUUUAUGUAAUGUCGACUAUUCAGAUUGAAGGGGUGUCUAGUGUCUAACAUGACACUGAUGCGUGUAGUUUUAUUCAAAUGUUUCCUCAAAUUAUUAUUGGCGUUAACAUGUCAAUGUCAGUAUUAUGUAUUUGUGCUUCAUAACCAAAUGUACUUUGUUACCAUCAA